AAUUUUUGAAUUUGUCAUACAAAUAUACAAAACAAAAUUAAUACAAAUAGAAACAAAUACUAAUAUAAAAAAUAAUGGCCCGAAGAUCUAAAUUUAAUCACAAGUAUAAUAACAAGAUGACUAAUAAGCCACUAGGAGUGUUUGACUUUGAUCAUACUAUACUUAAUGAAAACUCUGAUACGGUUGCCAUUGACCUAAUAAACAGGAGAGAUAUCCCCCUCACCCUGAAAGAGGUCUAUCGAAAUGACGGUUGGACGUCUUAUAUGCAAGGAAUUUUUGAUAUUUUACGUUCAAAAGGUAUCACCCAACAAACACUGACUGAACGAAUCAAUGAAAUACCACCAGUAGCAGGAAUUUGCACCCUUAUCAGGGAAUUACAGGAGAACUUUAACUUUGAUGUUAUAAUUAUUAGCGACUCAAAUUCAUAUUUUAUCAAUUCUUGGCUUGAAACGCAACGCCUUGCAAAUUACAUAAGAAAAGUAUUUACAAAUCCAGCUGAAUUUAGAAACGGCAAAUUAAUAAUUAGCAAAUACCAUUUGCAAACUACUUGCAAAUUGAGUGCUAAAAACCUCUGCAAAGGCCAAAUAAUGGAAAAUUUUAUUGCUAGCCAAAAAGAGGAGGGUAUAAAUUAUGGACCAGUUGUAUAUAUUGGUGAUGGAUCGAAUGAUUUCUGUCCAAUUGUAAGACUUUCUGAAGAAGAUAUUGGUUGUGUAAGGAAAUUCCAUAAAUGCCAGGAUUUAAUUAAAACGGCGAAAGAGGGGAAACCUAUUGAGAAAACUGGAGAGACUUAUAAAAUUAGAGCACGUAUUUUAGAAUGGACAACAGGAUAUGAUAUACUGGAUUUUAUAAGAAAGGAAUUUCCUGCUGAAUAUUCUUCAGAAUUUAUUGACGAUUCAACAGAUGAAUAGAUUAAAAUGUAAAUUUGAUUUAUAAUCAUUUUUAAAUCAAUAAAGGCCGCAAACGAA